AUGUUCGAGCAGAUGGAGAAGAGGCGGAGCUUCGUGAAGACCACGGGGGAGGGUCUGCGGCGGGCGCAGCAGGGGGACUUCGCCUUCAUCGGAGAAGCUGUGUCUCUGGACCUGGCUGUGGCCCGGUACUGCUCCCUGACCCGCUCUGAGGAGGUGGUGUCCGAGAGGUUCUACGGGAUCGCUGCAGCCCACGGCUUCCCUCUGAUGAAGAACAUCUCGGUGGCCAUCCUGGAGCUCAGUGAGAACGGCGUGCUGCAGUACCUGCGGAACAAGUGGUGGGCGCGCAGCUGCAUGGACGACCACCAGGGCGGCGCUCUGGAGGCCCACGACCUGAAGGGGCUGUUUGUGCUGCUGGGGCUGGGGCUGGGGCUGGGGCUGCUGCUGGGGCUGCUUGAGCUGCUGGUCAAGACCCACCGCCAGGCCAAAGACGCUAAGGUUUCCUCCGGGUACUCCGGUUUCCCCUACCACUAA